UUCUGAUUGGCUGGUUCAGUGCGAUCGCUGUUAUCGUGAGAACGGGUCGUGUUGCUUUCAUAAGUCAUCAUGGCGCUGGCUUCCUCAGUCAAAGAGCAUCCUUACAGACACCUGAUAGACACACUGAAAGAUGGUGGAAUCAUCUUUUUCAAUCUCCAGAAAUUAGAUGAUCCAAGAUACGAGAAACUGCCUUUAUCUAUCCGUGUCUUAUUGGAGGCGGCAAUUCGUAACUGUGAUGGUUUUUACACAAAAAAGGAAGAUGUUGAGAACAUCCUGGAUUGGCAACAGCAGCAGAACAAAACCGAGGUGCCAUUUUCUCCAGCACGGGUCCUUCUCCAAGACUUCACGGGUAUCCCUGCCAUGGUGGAUUUGGCAGCCAUGAGGGAUGCUGUGGCUAAACAUGGUGUGGAUCCCAGCCUGGUCAACCCAAAAUGCCCGACAGACCUUAUUGUAGACCACUCGCUACAGAUUGAUUUCAGCAAAUGUGCCAUACAGAAUGCUCCCAACCCAGGUGGAGGAGAUGCAACACACAAUAGCCAGGCACCUUCUCGCUCCACAGCCUCCAGACCAGUGUCCAGGCGAGGCUCUCAUUGUGGAGGUCAGCGGGCCUCUUGCAGCAAAGCUGCAUGCAGUGAUGCUCCAACUUCAAGUUCACCUCUGCCCUCAGUCCAGAUAGAGAAUACACCACUUCUCUGUCCAUUCCACCUGCAGCCGGUCUCUGAAACUGAAACAGCCUUGAAGAAUCAGGAAAUGGAACUGAUUAGAAAUAAAGAGAGGCUUCAGUUCUUUAAGUGGUGUUCAAAAGCAUUCAAGAAUGUGAACGUGGUUCCGCCGGACAUUGGUGCUGUCCACCAAGUGAAUCUAGAGUAUCUGUCCAGAGUGGUCCAGGUCAGCGAUGGUUUGAUGUACCCGGACAGUGUCGUUGGAACUGAUUCUCAUACCACCAUGAUCAAUGGCCUGGGCAUUCUAGGCUGGGGUGUUGGAGGAAUUGAAUCGGAGGCCGUGAUGCUGGGUCAGCCGGUGUCACUGACGCUUCCACAGGUGGUGGGAUGUAAACUGGUUGGCUCUAUCAACCCAAUGACCACCUCCAUAGAUGUCGUCCUUGGUAUCACUAAGCACUUGCGCCAAGAGGGGAUUGCGGGAAGGUUUGUGGAAUUUUUUGGACCUGGUGUUUCCCAGCUCUCAGCACCUGACCGAACAACCAUUGCCAACAUGUGCCCAGAGUACAACGCUACUGUCAGCUUCUUCCCCAUCGACCAAGUCACACUCAAGCACUUUAAAAAGACAAAUUUUAAACAGCAAGUACUUGAACAGCUGGAGGCCUAUAUGAAGGCUGUGAAACUUUUAAGAAACUAUGAUGACCCAUCAGAAGACCCAGAAUACUCGGAGAUUAUAGAGAUAAAUCUGAGCACCAUGGUGCCCUAUGUGAGCGGGCCAAAAAGGCCUCAGGACAAAGUGGCGGUCAGUAGCAUGAAGCAAGAUUUCCAACACUGUCUUAAUGAGAAGGUGGGCUUCAAAGGAUUCCAUAUAUCUAAGGAGCAGCAGGACGUGCAGGUUCCUUUUUCACACUGUGGUCAGGAGUACCAGCUGGCCCACGGCUCGGUGGUCAUUGCUGCUGUUAUCAGUUGCACCAAUAACUGUAACCCUUCUGUCAUGCUGACGGCAGGUCUGCUGGCGAAAAAGGCAGUUGAGGUGGGGCUUACUGUCAAGCCUUACAUUCAGACCAGCCUGGCUCCAGGAAUUGGAAUGGUCACUCACUACCUCAAUAUCAGUGGAGUUCUGCCUUAUUUUAGCCAGCUGGGGUUUGAAGUGAUCGGCUACGGCUGUGCCACUUGUGUUGGGAACACGUCACCGUUACCAGAAGCUGUCGUGGAGGCAAUCAAACAGGGGAACCUGGUGACUUGCGGUGUGUUAUCCGGAAACAGGCAUUUUGAAGGCCGUCUAUGUGACUGUGUGCGUGCAAACUAUCUGGCCUCCCCUCCCCUGGUGGUGGCUUAUGCUAUUGCAGGGACUAUGGGAAUCGACUUUGAGAAAGAACCUUUGGGUGUGACAUCAGAGGGGAAGGACGUGUACCUCUGCGAUAUUUGGCCAUCCAGGGAGGAGGUUCGAAAGAUCGAGGAGGACACAGUCAUCUCUACCAUCUUCAGCGAUGUCAGGGGCAGGAUGGAGAAAGGCAACACAUUUUGGAACGGUGUUGAAUGUCCAGAUUCUGUGGUUUUUCCUUGGGACCACAAGUCCACAUACAUCCGUUCACCAGCUUUCUUCAGCAAACUGAAUAAAGAUGUGCCAGCUCCUCAGUCGAUCGAGGACGCCCACGCCUUACUGUUCCUCGGAGACAAAGUCACCACAGACCACAUCUCACCAGCAGGCAGCAUUGCCAGAGUCAGUGCUGCUGCCAAGUACCUGUUGAGCAAACGUCUUACACCGCGGGAGUUUAACUCCUAUGGUGCACGUCGAGGGAAUGACGCAGUGAUGACCAGAGGCACUUUUGCCAGCAUCAAGCUCCAAAAUCGACUUAUUGGCAAACCAGGCCCCAAGACUGUACACAUUCCUUCAGGCCAGACGCUGGAUGUCUUCGAAGCAGCUGAGCGCUAUCAGAGAGAUGGAAUUCCACUCAUCAUCCUGGCCGGAAAAGACUACGGCUCUGGAAGCUCCAGGGACUGGGUCGCCAAAGGGCCGUAUCUGCUGGGAGUACGUGCAGUCAUUGCUGAAAGUUUUGAGAAGAUGCACAAGAACCAGCUGGUGGGUAUGGGCAUCAUGCCGCUCCAGUUCCUUGCUGGCCAGAACGCCGACUCACUGGAGCUCAGUGGAAAGGAGAGAUUCACUAUCAGCCUACCAGAGACCCUGAGUCCACGACAGCAGCUCAGCGUCAAGACCAGCCAGGGAAAGUGCUUCUUUGUCACAGCGCUGUUUGACAGCGACAUGGACGUUAUCUUCUUCCAACACGGUGGACUCCUUGGAUAUGUUGCCCGGACUUUACUCUAAUGUGCCCUGCAGAGGGCACCACAGGUCCAAGAACAGCGGCUCUUGUUUCACAAGACUCUCCCGCAUGAAUGAAGAGCUACUUGUUAGAGAAACUCAAAGGCUGAUACUAUGACCUGAGAUCAUGUCUUUGGAGGAUGUAAGAAAGUCACUUUUUUUUUUUUUUUUUUUUUUUAAGGUGCAGCAGCUUUAUUGUUGCACACUAUUAUUGAGUUUGCAACAGAAAAGACUUUCGGGCCUCACAGGAUGGUCAACAGCAGCCAAGAAAUUAGUCACAGUGAACCUCUCAACAUGUUUCACAUUGUAGGAGAUAUCAGCCAAAAGAGAACUCUGUCUCAUCUGUCAGCCUGCUUCUUUUGUUUUUGUCUUGUUUUUCAACAAAAGCCAAGUAAAGUAGGUCUUGGUGCUAAGAAGUAGACCAUCGGCUGUCAUAUUGAGGUCAAAAAUGUUUUUGUUGUGUCCGUCCAUUAUGACUAUACUUUGGGUGUGGAGUCACAGCAGCAGGAAGAGACUGAAUAUCUGCAUCCUUCAGGUCGUCCUGGGGAUCCUGAGGUGUCCUCACACCAGAGGGGAUGGACUUCUGUGUUCCGGGUCACGCUUGAGGUCACAGUGAGGUGUCCAGGAAAGAUCACACCUUACAGAUCAGACUUCCUCACUGAUAAAGUACACUUGUGUGUUUUUAUGUGGAAACCUUGAAAUGCCCUGUUUGACUGUUUAUUGUAUUCCAGUGCACCAGAGUCCUCCAUAUGGAAAAGUAUUAAACAUUUCAAAGUUAAA